UCCACGGCUCCUCAUUCACUAGAAGAUGGCGGACUGCGCUCCACUAUUAGAUGAGGAACUCUCGUCCUUUGUCUUCAGUUACCUGACAGAAAACUCCGGCAGCCAGUAUGGGGAGGAGGAGGUGUGUUCGGACCGUUUGGACACUGACUUCCCGGACAUCGACCUCUCCCAGCUGGACACCAGCGACUUCGACAGCGUCAACUGUCUCAGCGAGCUACAGUGGUGCAACGAUCAGCCGGCGGACGCAUCGCCGGCCUCCAUCCACUACAGUACAGCAGAUGAGCUCUUUGAGACAGAAGAGGGGAACGCGGCUCUGCUCGCCGCUCUGACCGACAGUUUGGAUGGCAUGGUGGAUGCCUCCGUCUUCCCCGCCCUCGGGGAGGAGCCUGACCAGGAAGAGGAAGAGGAAGACAACCUUCCUCUCACAGUCGAGGACUUCAGCCAGUCCCAGGGGGCCGAGACAGAGGACCCAUCUCUCCUGAAGAAGCUGCUGCUGACUCCACCCAACGUGCCCACAGGCAUCGACGCACACAAAGAUAGAGUCCACGGCCAUCGCUAUAGCAACAGAAGCCUGCACCUUCGGCCGGUCAGACCUCUGGUCAAGAGUGACCUCCCUCAGGAGCGGAAGCCCCGAGCGGCGCGUCCGGCGGGCCGCCUGUGCACCGAGCUCCACCGCCACCUCACCACCGCCCAGGACUCGGAGGACGCCCAGGCCCCGGACACGGAGGAGGACGAAGAGGAAGAAGAGGACGAGGACAGUGAGUCGGAGGAGGAUGAAGAGGAAGAAGGGGAGGAGGAAGAGGAGGAGUCUUCCAGCAGUGAGGUGGAGGGCAUGGCGGUGGCGGCCGCUGUCCCCACUGAGCCAGUUAAGCCUCAGUUCAGCUCAGAGAAGGAACUGCACUCAGUGGUGGAGCUGAUCACAUACAUGCACACCUACUGCCUGCCCACACGCAAGCAGCAGGGCUGGGAGCGCAAGGACCGUGACCUCCAGAGGUCUCGGGCCAGACCUGAAGCCCCCCGCCUGGCCACCGCAACCUCUCACAGCAGAGUUGUCUUGGUGGCUACUCCUGGGACUAGUGGGGGCUCGACAGGGGCGGGCAACAGUGCCCCGAGGAGGCUUCCCUUUGCGAGGCGAAGGGAGAUAAAGGCCAACUCCCUUCUCCGUGAGCUCCUGCAGCAGAGCAGCUCUUUUGAUGUGAGCAAGCCUUACAGACUGCACAGCCCUCCCUACUCCCACUCCCACAGCCCCAACAGAGGAGGAGUAUCUGCUCCUUCUGCCCCGGCUAAAUCAGCCCCAGUCCACUCCCCCAGCUCCACCGCUCCUAAAGUGGAGCUUCGUAAAGACUCUUCCUCCCCUGAGAGGGGAAGGUACUCCUCUGAGGCGCCUCAAAGCCCAGAGGAGACAGCAGAGGACGGCAGCUCCUUCUCGGUACGGCGCUCCAGACGUCUGGCCUCCUUCCCAAGCCGCUUCGCCAAGAGGCUGCGGCCUGGACGGGCGCGGGAAGGAGAGGGGAAGGACAAGGAAGAGAAGGAGGAGGGACGAGCAGGAGUCAAACUCCUGCCAACCCAAGCAGGGGGGGGGGCCACGACGGAGACGCAGCCAGAGCAGCUGACGUCGGGUGACGGCAGCGCUGGUACAACAGAGCCGACCAAACCCUGCUGCCACAGCGAAAAGCGAGCCUGCCUCUGUCUGCCUCUCAACCCAAAGUCCACAGGAGAGUCCCAGUACAGCACCAAGCCUUUCGAGCAGACGCUCAGCGUGGAUCUGUGUGGGACGGCAGGUCUCACCCCUCCCACCACCCCACCUCACAAACCAGUGGAGGAUGAACUCUUCAAACCAGCUGAGGGAGGAAAGGGCAGUGAAGUCGCUGGUGGUGGCAGCAGCGGCGAUGGCGGCGGAGGCGGCAGCGAGUCUGUUCACCCAGCAUCAAACACCAACGUUGCCACGAAGGGCUCGUCCUGGCUGAGCCGCGGCCACCACCAGCGGAAGCUUCCAGAGCAGACGGAGCUGUAUGCCCAGCUGCGGCGCAUGGGCCAGGCGGGUGAAAGCGACACCCACCGCGCGUUUGGCGACCACGACUACUGCGCGCUGAGCCUCGGGGAGAGCCGCAAGCGUAGCGCCGCCAUGCUCGGCGCCAUGUUGCAGGCGCAGGGAGGGAGCGAUGGGGCCAGCACCCUCGCACCCAGAGCAGCCGACGAUCAGGUUUUGGAUGGGAAGGGGAAGGAGAGCGCGGAGCGGCUGCUGGUGUCAGAAGUCGCAGAACCGCUCGAGAGGCCGACGACGACGGUGGUGAUAUCAUCCACGCCGCCAUCAGACUGCCAGGCGGAAGCUGCCACACCACCCUCUUCAGAGGAAGAGGCGGAGCGCUCGUCUGCGUCUCGCUCACCCUCGCCCAUCCUCCACCUGUGUCCCGACUCCCCCGCCAGCAAGACGGACUCCAGCGAGAACUCAGAGAUCUGUCCCGACGACAAGCAGAGGAACAAAGCCAAGUCUGACGAGGACAACUGCCAGGUGUUUUACAUCCACAACCUGCCAACCAGCGUGACCCAGAACAUGCUGAGGAAACGCUUCCAGGUUUUCGGCAAAGCAGAGGACUGCAAAGUCAUCAUCUGCAACGAGGAGCGCUGUGGGGUGAUCAAGAUCCGCCAGCCAGGGGUUCAAAGACACUGGAGAGAACGGGAGACUGUUUUCCAGAACGGACCUGCAGGCCUCAGGAGGCUAACAAGGAAACGCUACAUAGAUCUUGAUGACGCAGGUCCGGGCCCCGUCAAGAGCAAGUACGAUGCACUGGACUUUGACACUCUGCUGAAGGAGGCCCAGAAGUCCCUGCACCGCUGACAGCACAGUGCCCCUGACUGGCCAGCCUUAGUGAACUGCAGCAACACCCCUCCGACUACACGGCUCUGCCCUCUGACAGGCCUCUCAGUACCUCCAUGCAAGGCAACCUCGCAAAAUGUUUACAUUUUUACCAUUGGAAUAAAGUAACGAUAAGGACCUUGUUUUUUUUAAGUUUCUUUCACCGGAGGAUACUGCUUAAAAACGAGGAAGCCACUGGGAUUCGGAGGAGCUAACAGACCGUGGAGGAAAUAGGACUUUUAACAGCAAUGGUACAACAGCAAUGGUACAACAAGUACAAACAAUAAUGAAACAGCUGAACAACAAUAACAAAGCUGUCCGUGUUGGUGACAUCAUCGCCCCGCCGUGGAAGCCGGGCGUGAGAGACCUCUGUAGCAAAUCCUUGCUAUUCCUGCGUUGCGUUGGUCGUCGUGGUGUGUGUUUCUGCGUGUGCGUGUUCUUUGUUCUGUUUGUUUUGUAAAAAAAAAGAAAAAAACAUCCCUGUUUCCGGUCACGGGUGGUGAACCAGCAAGCUACGUUCACCGUGAAGUUGUGUGGUUGUAUAACCAGAAAAAAAACAAAAAAACUAACAAACAAAAAAAAACCCUGGUUUGUUUUAGCGAAAAAUUGUGGAUGUUCUAAAUUUUAAAAUCUAUUGUGUGUGCGUUAUGGACAAAGAAUAUAUAAAAAAACAUUUAACGUAAUCAUUUGAUGACUGAUAAAGUUUACAAAUCUAAAAUGAAGAAGAAAAAAAUCAUGUUUUUUUCUUUUUUGUAAUUGUAGUGCUUCCUUGAUUUUGAUCUAUGCACUGUAAGGAGGUAAAUGUCUCCGCUGUCCUCCACUUUCCCCCUUUUGACUCUAAUCUCUAACUCUGCCAUGCUGACUAUUUUGGCUUCUGCUACUGGCUGCUGCAGGCUGUUUGGUAGGCGUUUUAUACAUUAAGACCCUGACUCUGUCAUCGGAAAAAUUUCACCUCAAAAUAUUUUCCAACCCAUGUGAACUGAAGCAGUUAUUAGAAACGCACUCAUCUUAAAUGUUGAGCAUGUGAACCAGGUUCAAAAUAAGAUCAGAUGAGAUACCAAUUGAGUUCUACUUUGUCAAAUUGACAACGGGUCACCAAGAAGCUUCAAGUGUGACCGAGUUUAAAAAGCAACAUUAACUUUAAAGCAUCUGAGAAAUAUAUUUCUAUGACAUCAAAGUGUAGAGGGCGAUUGCUGUUGGACACCCCGUGAAGUUCUUUGGCGCUCGCGUGGUUUAAUCCUGUCAGUUGCUUCUGAAAUACGACAGAUACGCUAUUUUGUCACAGUGAUUCAGAUCCGUAGUUUUAAAUUUAUCCAUUUAGAAAACAGAUCGUCGGUUUUUCCGAAUAAAAACGUUUGGCUUCAUCGGUCGUUUCCAGGUCAACUUUUUCCACAUCUAGAGGGGUCUUGAUGUAUCUUUGAUAGGGUCCCACUGAACAUGUGUCCAAUAAAGGCUGCAGCCUAACGACACCCCCCGAAUGCCACAGCCAAUGCAACAGUUACUGUUUACAUUUGGACUGCAGCAAGCAGGACUGAAAUGGGGAAAUAUAGUUGGUAGCCGUUGGCGCUUUCAGCAUUCAUCACAUCUGCACCGUGUCCAAACCAUCCCUGUCCAAUCUUCUUUCACAUAACGUCCAUCAGUCAUUACAGUGCAAAGCACUAAAUGAAAUAUUCAGCUGUUUGGAUUGUCCAGGACUCCUUUUUCCUGGUGACAUUAGUCCUUGACAUUUGGUAAGCUUUGCGUUGGGUUUCAAAGUACAAAGGAGACUAAGACCAGUUUGCUUCCUGUAAUUCACCUAUGGAAUAUUGCCAUUGCUGGAAGUAGAUGAAUCUGCUGAUUCAAAUGGAAUGUAUUCAAGAAUCUGAAUGUAAUUGUCGUGUUCCCCGUUUCUGCUUGCCCAAAGAUUGUGGAGCUUUUUGGUGCUUUUAAAAAGGUAGACUUGCUUCGUCAUCCGUAUGACUGCAUGUGACUGAUUGUGGCUUGAAACGCAGUCCAGGUAGCGCCUAAUUUACAUUCCUGACACAGCCAGUAGCACCCGCCGUAAAAAAGGGAGAGAGCCUCCGAGCCUGCCAAUCCGGUGGCACCACACCGCCACCUACGACACAGCCAGGGAAGGAGCGAGGGAUGGGCUUGAAAGUAACGAAACGCUUCGGUCGAGAAUCAGAUUUCUCGUCUGGGAGGUACUGUAUCAGCUGAGCAUCUCUACCUCACAUCCAUCCCUUUGUUUUUUGUCAGAAGUGUUCUCUGUGUGAGGGUUUCCCCAGCUGAUGGGCGGUUAUGGGUAGUUUGGGGGUUUGUGUUUGAUUUUUUUUAUGCUAUGACUCCUUCUACCACUAAGCCCCUGCGAGGGGAAUAAUCUCUCUUUCUCUAACUAUUUCCUUCGCUUGCCUCAUAACGGUUUUUAGCGUGUCCGUUUCUUGGAGUCUCGACCUUGUGUCCUUGUAUAACUGAGUGUUUUGUCUUUGUCUCGUGUUUGAGUCGGACAUUGCUGAUGCUUGCAGGUUGGUCAGGAGGGGUUGAACGGUGGCUCGGUGGUUGGUUGGUCCUUGAGUGCGUCUGGAGGGGGGGAUUCCCAAUCUUCUCCUCCUGCCCUCAUUUGCUUGUUUUCUUCAGGGACAUGCCAGGCCUACUGAUUCACCUGUUCCUCCUCUCCUUUCCCAGGAAUCUCGAUAAAACGCAGCCCGACUUUCUAACUUUAACUCUAUCGCUUUCUGUCUCUCGGUGGGUUCAAGGCCUUGUUUCCAGGUCUUCCCCAAACCCUGGCAAACUCCCCGCUUUUUAACAGAUAAUCCCUCUUUCCUCAUCCUCUUCCUUGUCCUUUCUCUAUCUAAUCAACUCCUUGGUAACACACAAAAAAUUGAAUGUUUACAUCACUCGAUUCUCCUUUGACUUUAUUAGGAACGCACACUAAGUACAAAGGCGCCUUAUUCAGUGUUAAAAAACAACAUCAAGUGACGUGGCCUCGAGGGAAACACCUUCUCCAGGCUUGCUGAUGUCCAAAACUAACAAAAACAAUUUAGUGCUAUACAUACUGAUUGAGAAACAAGGUGUCGACUUAAAAAAAAAAAAAGAAAAAGAAAAAAAAUUUAGAUAUUUUAACAAAACCAAUCACAAACAACUGAAUGAGUAUU